UCAACUAAGCAGUUACAGCCAAUCGACCGUUUACAAAUCCUUGAUGAUCAAUUUGCCUUACUUAUGGCUGGCCAAGUCUCGAGUGCACAAUUUCUUGAGUUGCUUAGCUCAUAUGCUAAUGAAGAUAACUACGUAACCUGGGUUGCUAUUGAUAAUUGUAUCAGUAAAUUAGAUUUACUAUUAUCUUACACUGACCUGUCUGAGAAAUUCGCAAAGUUUGGUAUUAAUUUCUAUUCUAAAAUUUACAAUGAGCUUGGUUUUGAUAUUAAAGACGAAAAAUCUCAUACCGAGAACCUUCUCCGAUCAUUGGUUUUGCUCCGUUUGGCUAAAUUUAAGUAUGCUCCAGUUAUCGAGGAGUCAAUCAAAAGAUUUAAAGCUCAUGUUGCUGGUACACCAAUUCACCCUGAUAUAAGAAGCUCUGUUUAUAGAGCCGUUGCAUCUUCGUGUGAUGAUGAAACUUUCAAUACCUUUUUCAAAUUGUAUCGUGAUACUGAUUUACAUGAAGAGAAAGUUCGAUUAAUUCAAUCAACUGGAAGUUCUGGUGACCUUGCUAGGAUUCGGCAACUUCUUAAUUUCACUUUUUCACCUGAAGUAAGAAGCCAAGACGCUUGGAGAGUAUUUAUUUGUACUGUUGGAACUAAAUUAGGUCGUGAAGAAGCCUGGAAGUUUUUCAAAGAUAACGCAGACGAGUUUAAAAGAAGAUAUGGUUCUCAUAUUGCUAAUGCAUUCGUGAUUGAACAUCUUACUAAUGGUUUUGCUUCUGAAGAAAAAUAUAAAGAAGUUGAAUCAUUUUUCUUACAAAAUUCAUUUUCUGGCCAUGAAAAAGUGGUUCUUCGAAGUUUGGAAACGAUAAAAACACACGCUGAAUGGUUAAAGCGGGAAACUGAUAGUGUCAGAAACUUUUUGGAAUCGAUUUAAAAGUCAUUGAAAGACGUGUUCUUUUUGCCUUUUUACUACACCUAACCUUUUACAGCGCAAUUAAUGGUUGAAAUUGAACAAAAAUUAAUUUUGAUGGAUAACAAAUUUUAACAUUAGAUCCAACAAUUCUCCACUAGAUCAUGAAAUUUGAUAAAUUUAUAGUCCAUUUAUAACAUACUUGAUUGAAUUGAAAUACGAAAUAAAUUCAAAAAGAUUGAACAAGAGAUUUGAA